UUAGGGGUGGAGCGAAUGCUUCCCCAUGCUCAGGGAGCCGGAAGUAGAGGUCAUGAACGAAGGUCACUGGUGUCAGUUGGAGAAUCCUGUGCCGGCCGGUGCGAUGUGGGCUUCCAGCCGAUGGUGAAAUGCCAGUGUGAUGCCGUCUGUGCCUUCUACAGCACCUGCUGCAGGGACUACUACACCGUCUGUGUGAAAACACGUGGAGAUGUCUUUGCCAUUCCUGAGGAAGAUGUUGAUGAUAUUGACACGCAUGACUCUGACUUCCAGACUAACGUCACGGAUGAAGUGUAUUCAGAUAUGAAUCCUAGACUGCAACCAGAUGUGGAACAGGAACCCACCCAUGAACCAGAGCCCACCUAUGAACCACAGCCCACCCAUGAACAGGAACCCACUCAGGAGUGGAGCACAGAACUGGUGCCCACCCACAAUCCUGUGUCUGGCAACGUGUGUCUCAGUGUAAAGCCUUUUGAUGCAUUCACCGACCUCAAGAAUGGAUCGAUCUUUGCUUUCAAGGGACAAUAUUUUUAUGAACUGGAUAAGAAAGGUGUUGUUGCUGGAUAUCCCAAACAGAUUCUGGAUGUGUGGGGCUUGCAGGGCCCCAUCGAUGCUGCCUUCACUCGAAUAAACUGCGAGGGACUGACCUACCUGUUCAAGGGCAAGAUGUACUGGCGUUUCGAUGACGGGAUCUUGGAGUAUGGUUUUCCCAAGCAAAUCAAGGAUUACUUUCCAAACAUUCCAACCGAUCUCGAUGCAGCCCUGGCCAUUCCUGCAUCCGGCAUCCGUGGGAAAGAGAGAGUUUAUUUCUUCAAGGGUAAUCAUUACUGGCUGUAUGUCUUUAAACAACAGCCCACCCAGGAAGAAUGUGCAAGGAUACCCAUCUCCAUCCCCUUCCUAAGGUACACCGACUACAUGGCUGACAAAUGGGAGGACUUCUCAAAGCGCUUUAGAUUCAUUCUGAAAGCUGGCGCCAAUGGCCCGUUCUCCAUCGGAAGGCACUGGCGUGGGAUCCCCAAUGGAGUGGACGCAGUGAUGAUCGGCAAACUCCAGAUGGUGCCGAAGCAAAAGCAGAAGGGGCGGGGGAGGGGCCGGGGGCGAGGCAAGCACCACAAGAAACGAUGGCCUAAGGAUUGGCACAGGAAGGACUCGUCCAGCGAGGAGGACGAUUCCAACAACUUCAGGCCCCAUUAUAGUGUCUACUUCUUUGUCGGAGAUAAAUAUUACCUCGUCGACCUUGCCUCCAAGUGGGUGGACAUUUCUGGGCCCCGAUCCAUCACCAAGUACUGGUUCAAGUGCGAGGUCGAGUGAAAUUAAGCUGACUAUGGACAGGACCAUCACCGGCAGAGACGGGCUGCCCAUCGCCAUUCUCGGAUCUUCCGUACAAGAGGACCACACCACUGGGAACCAGGAAUGAGGAAAUAAAACCGGAAUAACCUGU